CGACUUUGACAUUUUGACGUCAUCUCAAAGUUUGUUAUUUUUAUUUUUGUCUUGUGAUAUUAUUUUUCCUGUUUACUGAUUUUUCUCGAUAAAAUACAUAAUAAAUAUCUUGGUAUUUUCUCGAAAUCAUGGCUGGUUCGGCAUUACGAAGGUUGAUGGCCGAAUACAAACAGCUCACAUUGAACCCCCCAGAAGGCAUCAUAGCAGGUCCCAUCAACGAAGAGAACUUCUUCGAGUGGGAGGCCCUGAUAACGGGCCCUGAAGGUACUUGCUUUGAAGGGGGUGUCUUUCCUGCUAAGCUUGUAUUUCCACCUGAUUAUCCACUUAGUCCGCCAAAAAUGCAAUUCACUUGUGAGAUGUUCCAUCCAAACAUUUACUCAGAUGGUAGAGUAUGUAUUUCAAUUCUUCAUGCUCCUGGAGAUGAUCCAAUGGGAUAUGAAUCUAGUGCAGAAAGAUGGUCACCUGUUCAAAGUGUUGAAAAAAUAUUGCUAUCUGUAAUCAGUAUGUUGGCAGAACCUAAUGAUGAGAGUGGGGCCAAUGUGGAUGCAGCUAAAAUGUGGAGAGAAAAUAGAGAAGAGUUUGAUAGGAUAGCAGAAAAAAUUGUUAGGAGAACUCUUGGAAUACCUACCUAAUUCUAGUACCUACCUUAUAAUGAAUAUAAUGUAAUGUAUAUAUAUGGUUAUUAUAUCAAAUCUGUUGUUUUCUUAU